UCGCAUAAACAGGGCGGAUGUUACGGAGGCUCUGGGCUGCACAUUUCUCUGCAGAGCUUCUCUUGAAGAAUGUUGCCUCAAUCGUUUGUUGGAAAUGUAGGAAGGUUUGUGCACUCUGAUGCAGAGAAAGGGCUCGGACGGAGCUGAAAAAUACCCAUGAGUCAUAAUUUCUCAACUGUUCCCAUCAUGCUCCAGAUGUUUGUGAUGAUCUAUGUGCUGUCAGUUGUCGUCUCGCAGUCAACAAAUCCCCCAUCUAAGAGAGGUCGGAAUUUCACCAUCCACUCAUCCCAGCUGGUCUGCAGUCUGCCCGGCCCAGCGGGGCCUGCAGGGAACCCAGGAGCCCCUGGAUCACCCGGGGCCAUGGGCCCCAUGGGGCCCCCCGGGACAGACGGCCAAGAUGGGAAGGAUGGAGAGAAGGGAGAGAAGGGAGAUCAAGGUGAUCCAGGGAGACCUGGGAACCCAGGCAAACCGGGUGAGAAAGGUCGUGAGGGUAUUAUUGGCAAGGCCGGACCUCGGGGACUGAAAGGACAACGUGGAAAACCCGGAACAUCUGGAACCUGGGGACAAAAAGGAGACGUGGGUGACAUGGGCGAGGAAGGAGCUCCAGGUGGUUGUAACUGUGGCAAGCAAGCACGAUCAGCUUUCUCUGUGGCUGUGACAAAGAGCUAUCCUAAAGAGCGCACGCCCAUCCGCUUCACCCGGAUCCUGCUGAAUGAAGGGAAUCACUACAAUGCCUCCAGCGGGAAGUUUGUCUGCGUUAUCCCUGGAGUUUAUUACUUUACCUAUGACAUCACACUGGCCAACAAGCAUCUCGCCAUCGGGUUAGUUCAUAAUGGGCAGUACAAGAUCAAAACAUUUGAUGCAAACACUGGGAACUAUGACGUGGCGUCUGGUUCUACUGUUCUCCACCUGAAGGAGUCAGACCAGGUCUGGCUGCAGAUCUUCUACUCGGAGCAGAACGGACUCUUUUUUGAUCCUUUUUGGACAGACAGCACCUUUACGGGCUUCCUAAUCUACCCUGACCAGGAAUUUCUCAAUGAAGCAGAUAGAAAAGCAAAUGCUCAGGAUGAAAAUGAAUGAACUGUAAUGAAGAUUUAUAUCUAAUUGAACUUCACAAGUUUGGGCUUUGUGGAAUUUCAGUUGUUUAAGACAUUCGUCACCAGGAGGCGCACUAGGAAAGAAAGAAAAUCAACUGGAGGAAUCACACAAUAAAGCCUUAAUAGUGAACAAAAAACAUUUUACCUGAAAUAUUAUGCCCUGUUCUCA